GCUUUGAAGUUUUAAGAUAACUCUCGUUGAGAUAUAAUCUUGGUUCAUUCAUGUAUCUUUCCUUUACUCGAGCAUUACACGAAAUCUCCUAUUACAUCCAUAGCGUCAGCACCUCAGGCUAAACGUACAUGUGAAGAUCAUUCGACGUCACAACCUUUUCCUUUAAACACUCUUUACAUACUUGUUUAUCAUUUGUGGGUCUGCUGCAUACUAUGUUUUCGUCUCUGUUCAAGCAUGAAAUGGCAUCAUCUUCUUAGAGUGAUAAGUAAUGAAAGAGGGUUCAAAGUCAAAGGAAACCGCGUCAAAGAAAACUUGGAUGUUUUUGUUUUCUUUUAAGAGAAAGUCCGAUGCGUUUUGAAUAUGAUUCAGAGUCGAAGAUCAAAGGCCCACAUGAUGUGUCGACGUAACCAAAGGGUUCAUAUCUGACUUCACCACACGACGUCACUGCCUAUGGAACCUCUUUCCGCGUUGUCCCUUCCACAUUGGCUAUGCUUACAGAACCCACAUCAAAUUACUGCACCCGAUGGCUUUUGAAAUGUGUUUGACAUCUUUAUAUCCCCCUUCGCUUCCAACCCAACUUCCAUACCUCUUCAAUUCUCUCAAAGUUGGGAGCCUUUCCCUCUUUCCUCUUUUGGGUUCACAGUAAUUGGGAUUUGGGAGUGACCCAUUUGAGUGAAAACAGCUUUCUUGUUUCUGGGUUUCGCCAAAAUUUGAAUCUUUGAAUGACCAUAUUCUUCUUAGAUUCUAUCAACUACUGUGUGUGCCGCCGCCGCCGCCAUUUCUUCUUUGGGAAUUUGUAAUAAUGGAAAUGGAACACAAGAGUUUGAUCACCGAGUUGACUCAGGGGAAGGAGCUGGCCCUUCAACUCAGAACCCAUCUCCACCCUUCUUCUUCCUCUUCCCCAGCAGAACCAUGCUUCUUCUUGACUGAAAUGAUUCAGUCUUCUUUCGAGAAAGCACUCUUGCUUCUGAAAUUCAACUCUUCUAGUUCAAUAAUGCCAGAUCCGACAACCCAUAAAAUUGCUUCGGUGGAAGAAGAAGAAGAAGAAGAAGAAGGAGAACCCCGCAAGAACAAGAGGAAGAACAGUAGUAGAGAUGUGUUGAAGAGGAGAAAAUUACUGCCUAAAUGGACAGAGGAAAUUAAGAUUUGCAGAGGAACUGCCCCUGAAGGUCCUCUCAACGAUGGUUAUAGUUGGAGAAAGUAUGGCCAAAAAGAUAUCCAUGGAGCUAAUUUCCCAAGAUGUUAUUACAGAUGUAGUCAUAGACAUGAACGAGGAUGUUUGGCCACAAAACAAGUUCAAAGAUCCGACAAUGAUCCAAACAUUUUCGACGUAACCUACAGAGGACGACACACAUGUAACCAAUCCACUAAUAAUUUGGGGUUGGUUUCUGGUUCACCUCGAAAUGAAAUCUCUGGAGAUCAAGAAACCGGUCAGACUCAGCAGCGGAACCCGAAUUCCGAAAUUUUCUUCAAUUUCGGUGUUAAAUCGGAGGAUUUUGACGAUGUUUUUCCGCCCAUUUCCUUUCUCUCCUCCCCCAUGAUGGACCUGCCUUUUUUUGCCGACGGCGGCUUGUCUGCAGCGCCAGUUUCGUCAGCCACGUCGGAGGAGACGGCCUGGGACUGGAGCGGCUACCACGGCGGAGGGAUUCAGAUGGUUCAAUCGUCGGAGCAAUCGGACAUGAUUUCGGCGACAACUUCAGUCACCAAUUCGCCGAUUUGUAAUGAGGAUUGGGAUUUCGAUUUUGACCAGAAUUUCCCCUUUGACUCUCUAGAUUUCAUCUCUUCAUAAAGUUUUUUUUUUUUUUUUUUUUUUUUUCCUUUUUACUAAUUUUUCUUCAUUUUCAAUAUAAUUAUUAUUAUUAUUUUCUCCGUGUAACAAUAACUUUGGGGUUAAUUUGUGUAUUUUAAAUUUUGUUUUGUUCUUUAAGUUUGUAAUGUUUUAGUGGUGAAUUUUUUUUUAGAAAUGUAAUGUAAUGAUUUCAUUAA